UACAAACUGUGUAGUGCAUGCUUCAAGUACAAGAUAAGCGCCCCGAACUCAUUACUUGCAGUUGAUUCAAAUAAAUAACGAAAUGACACUGUGGUUUUUCUCGGUCGUUGGAAUACUGGUGUUUAUUUACUAUCUAGUGCAGUUUUUAGUUUUUAGCUAUCUCGAUUGCGAUCUCGAGCUGUAUCUGUUGUCGAAAUUUGGAAGAUCAAUUGAUUCGUUACGUGGGAAGGUUGUAUGGAUCACGGGAGCCUCCAGCGGUAUCGGUCGUGACCUCGCUCUACUUCUAGCGAAGCACGGAGUUCGUCUGUGUCUUUCCUCUCGUAAAGAGCCCGAUCUACUGAAAGUGAAACAAGAAUGCCUGGAAGCAUCAAAUGGAGCGCUCAGUUCCGAAGAUGUUCUUGUCAUGCCGAUGGACAUGCUGGACAUUGACAAACAUGAACGCUACUUCGAUAGGGUGAUCGAGCAUUUUCAUACUCUGGACAUUGUGGUCAAUAACGCGGGUCGUUCCCAGCGAGCCGAUUGGAAUACAAUUCAGCUUAAGGUCGACCGGGAGCUGUUUGAGCUUGAUGUGUUUGCCGUCAUAAAUUUGUCUCGAAUCGCGCUCAACUAUUUUGUCCAGAAUUCCAUUCGUGGGCACAUUGCUGUCACGAGCAGUGUCACUGGAUUGGUAGCUUUUCCAAACUCGGCUACAUAUACUGCAGCUAAGCACGCACUUCACGGUUACUUUGAGACACUCCAAAACGAGGCCUUCAACGUGGAUGUGACCAUCUUCUGUCCGGGGCCAACGGCCACAAACUUCCUGCAGGAAUGUUUCACCAGUAAAGCGGGAGAGAAAUACAACAAACCAGUUAAUGCCGAUGACAAACGACUGACGAGUAAGCGCUGUGCAGAGCUCUAUGCUGUAUCGUUGGCCAACAAGCUUCCCAUGAGUUGGGCUGGGACGCGGCCUAUGAAUUUUAUCUUCUACCUCGGGUGCUACUAUCCGAAUGUGAAACGAAUUCUUAUCAAAACUCUUGGAAUUGCCAACAUCGACCGGCUGAGAAAUGGACGUCCUAUCCAAUGGAACUGAAGUAAUGAAGGCUUUAAUCAUCAGUGAAUCGUACAAUUUUAAAAGUUUAGUUAUCAAACGUGUUAGUCCCAUAACUGGAAAGUUUUUAAAUGGAAACCAUAAAAUUAAUUAAGAAUUUUAUCUAAAAACAUACGAAUUUUUCGAAAUAACCGUUUAAACAAUAUGUUGAAAAUUCGAUAACUUGACUUUUUUUUUUUAAUGAGUGCAGCUUGCCAGAAACAACAGAAACAAAAAUUUGCAAAAUUCGAAUUCAAUUUCAAUCUUUAGCAUUUUGAUUUGAGCUUCUAUUUUUAAGUUUCGGAUCACUAAUAUAGAUUGAAAUAUCACCGUUGGGGUGGCAAUGGAUGUAUGAGAAAAAUUUUAACAUAGAAUUUCCAAAACCGAACAUAAGUACUGCUAAUUUAAGUUAAAACCGGUAGGUAAGGUGUUUACAUUCUUCUUUAUUUAACAAUAAAAAAAGUCACUUGUUAAAUUACUAUUCUUUUGUGUA